AUGUCGGUUGGUUAUUCAAGCAUGAAACAUUCGAGGUCAGACCACAAAAUAAGUUGGUCAAAGAAUGGAUUUAUAGCUUACUCAGACCCAACGUCAACAUCAAACCUUUCGAUAACCAAAUUAGAAUCAAUUAGAGGUUCAACAUGGCGUUUAGCACCCAAGAAGAUCUUUCAAAUUAAAACUAAUCCAAAUUCAAGACUAAGUUCGAUUACAAACGUUUAUUGGUCAACCUCAGGAAUGGACUUAGCUAUAAUUGACGAGUUAGGUAACAUUACAAUCUUAUCAACUGGUGUUCUGAAAAACACUUCAUCUCAUCAACUAUCAUGUUUUGAAGAUGUGGAUAUUAUUUAUCAAGAUGAAACCUGUGAACGCCUAAACACUUCCAAACAAUCAAGAAUAUCAACUGGAGAUUCCACUACUAAAGUUAUUGCAUUCAAAUGGUUAAAUGUUGAUAAACCAAUAAUUUCAAACUCACCAGCAGUUAGAGUGCUGACAUCAUCAGAUUCAAUGGUAUCUUCAGGUGCUGCUGCUGAUGGCGCUGCAGCUUCAUCAGACUCUUCAGGGUACGCUUAUAGUUAUGCUGUCCAUCAAUACAAAUCUUAUGGGACACUUCACCCUAUUCAAGGAAAAUCUGGUUUUUUCACAGUACGAAGAAAUGGUGAAGUUGAUUUCCAUUAUCAGUUAAAUAACGCAGGUUUUGAUUUCAAAAAGACAACAGUGUUAUUAGAAGAUGUUUCAGAUUUGAAGACGCUAUGGUUAGAACAUGCUAGUAUUGGUUUCAAUAGAGAUGGGUCCGUUAUUGUCGCUUGUUUCAGUAAAUUGACCAAAAGUUUACGUGUUUAUAAGAUAGUGGUUAAUUGGGGUGAAAUCAAUCCUAACGAUAAGCUCAAAGCACCGCUAACUUUGAGCGUUGAAAAACUGAUAUCUGAGCCAUUAAGUGUCAUUGGGUCAAAUGGGUUUCCUCAAGAGCUGAGUGGAAUUGAUAUCAUUUCACCAAAUUUUUCAUUGGAUACAGAAUUAGAAUUACUUUUAACAUUUGAAGGACCUGGUGUUACUGGAGGUGAAACCUUGUUGCAAAAAUUUCAAAUUUCCAACGAGUAUAAAAAUCUGAGAUUCAAAAAUGAAUCAAAUGGGUAUUCAAAUGGGGCAUCUACGUCUGUUGAUAAUUACUACACACUGGUUCAGACUGGUGAAACAAUCUUGGAUAAUAGGGUUCUUGAUAUAUCGUUUAAAAAUUUUGAUUUCAUGAUUGUGUUGACUUUAAGAAAUGGUGAAAUUCAAUUAAGAAAUAGAAAAAACCUACACAUCAUCGGUAAUGGGGGUCAAAAAGAAGUUAUACCAUCAGCAAUCUCAACAUUAUUAGAUGCUGGGUUUAAGUUUGAAUUACCAGAGUCUGUACCAGAAGCUAUUUCUGUAUCACCAAAUUUAUGUGGAUUUGUUGCAAUGAAUAAGAACAAUACAUUAGAGUAUAAGGCCACUACGAGACCACAACAUGAAAUGAAAAAAGGUGAGAUUUUGACGCUAUCAGCUGCUUUUGGUUGUAAAUACUCCUCAGCUUGUUUUACAAAUAUGUCAUCUGAUGAUUUGAUUAUAGCUAUUCAAGAUGAGAUUUUGAAAAUUCCAGAUCCAAACAUUAAAGAUCAAUUAAUUUUGGCGAUUUUACAAGAGAGUCAUAGAGCUUUGAACUUCUCAUUAGAUCAUUCAAAAGAUCAAAUUGAUAGACUUUUAGUUAACCCACCAAUUCAAAAACUUUUAUCAUUACAAUAUUCAUUAGGAAAACUACAACCAACAAACGAGACCAGUUCAAUUGCCCUUGCUAUUUUGAAUUUGAGAUUAGUGGCGUUUAGUAUCAUGUUGAGUUUGAGAACGUUAUUUCACCAUCAACAAAGAGUCACCAAAAAAGGGUCUGAAACUUUGAUGGAUGCAAUCUAUAGAAGUGAGAAUAUCUUGAGCACGUUGGGUACAAUCAAUUGGUUUAUUGAGUUUUUGAUCUUUACUAUCCAGGAACUGAUGAGUUGUUGUGAUGUCAAUACUUCCAAUAAAGAUCAUUUUGAUACAAUUGUCUUUGCUCUUUUAUUAUCCAAGAUCCCAAGAUCACUUAUCAUUUAUUCAAUUGCUGGUAUCAAAAGAAUAGAUGGAUUUUUGCAGAAAAUACAAGAGUUGAACAACGCAAAUAGCCCUGGAGCUCUGAAUAUGGAGAUUUUGAACAAAAGUGUUGAAAGAUAUAAAUUUUUGCUCAGUCUAAUUGAUUUAGAGAGGUAUGAAAAAUUCUUGAUUGACAUUGAAAGUAUUUUCCAAAGAAACCUAGAGAAAAGUGCAGCUUUAAGUAUUGAACAAACACUGAUUUUCCAAAACAAGAUACCUUCAAGUUAUUUAGGAUCAAUUGGCGUUAUACUGAAUAAGUUUCAAGAACAAUUUCAAGACACUUCAAAUCUUGCAGAAUUGUAUUUCCAUGAUACAAGAUGGUUACAUUUUCAAAUUUCAAACAACCCUAAAGUUUCCAAAAUACUACUGAAACCAACAGAUAAAGUUCCUAUUCUAUUCAAUCUGAAUGAUACUUUGAUCGAUGAUGUUACAAAAGUUGUUAUUACAAAUAAGGAGAAAUUAAAGAAGUGCUUAAGAUGUGAGUACAUCACAGCUAAUGAUACUGAAGGGUUCUUCUCAAGUGCUAUUAAGGGAGGAGCCAAUUCCAACGCAAAUUUGAACCACUGGCCCGUUGCAUUCCAUAGAACAUGCUUAUGUGGUAGUUGUUGGGUGUAUAUAGAUCAUAGUGAAGUCACUGGGUUUUGA